CCGUGUCCUUCAUGUAGACGUACAGAGCACUCGUCUACAAUAUUUAGGGUCAAAAAUGGCCAAUAGACUCCCAUUUAAAACAUUUUCUAUAGGCAUAAGAAUGGUCUUAAUCAUUUUUUUGUUGCCUUAUCCUUUUCUAAGCGACGCGAGGCAAGGUAAGAGCACGGUUCAUUCAUUUCCAUACACGGCACUUCCUUCUGAUCGACGUGACACAGCUACAUUGAAACUGUUGAAAACAUUUUAAGUUCAAGUUCAUAUUUAAGAUGUUUUUAGCAAACAUAAUCUUGCCUCUCAUUUUACAUAUUGUGUAUCGUGUUUUUAUUUUUUGUUUGUGUUUUCUAUGUUCCACAGAAAAACAAUUCCUGCGAUACAAGAUUACAGCAUUUUUCAAAACAAGCACGCUUCCUGUGUUCAAAGCUGUCGCUGUCUGUGAUGGCAGACAGAUCGCUCACUACAGUAAUGAAGAAAGAGUUUGGAUAAGAUCGAGUCUGACUGAAGAUGACUGGAUCAAUGCUCCUGAAGAACCACCUGAUUCUAGAGACUGGUUCCUCCAUCAGAUCAGGACUCUGUCAAACUGCACAGACUCUCAGUGUUCUGAGCUCCAUGUUCUUCAGAGAGUAAUUGGUUGUGAACUGGAGAAAUUUCCUGAUGGAUCAGUGAAUCUGAGAGCAUUUGAUGAAUAUGGAUUUGAUGGAGAGGAUUUUAUGGCCUUUGAUUCUGAAACUCUGCAGUGGAUUGAUAAACACCCCAAAGCUAAAGAAACCAAAAUGAAAUGGGAUCAGCAAACAGAACGAAUCCAAUUCCUCAAGCAAUACCUCAAGACCUGCACUGACUGGAUCUCCACAUUUAACAACACAAAAACGACUCCACCUGAUGUUCGUGUAUUUGUGAAGAACGCUCCUGAUCACAGUAAGCUGGUUCUGAGCUGUCUGGCCACUGGUUUCUACCCCAGAGAUAUUGAGAUGUACAUUAGGUGGGACAAAUCUGUUCUUGUGAACCAAACAUCUUCUGGAAUCAGACCAAAUGCUGAUGGAUCAUUUCAGAUGAGAUCCAGUGUGGAGAUUGAUGCAAAUCACAAUGGGUUUUAUGACUGUCUGGUCAUUCACAGCAGUCUGACUCAGACACGAGCGGUUGUAACAGUGUGGACCAUAUAUCAGCACAAAUUAAUGGAGGACGAGUGUUGA